UUCAAACUCCAACACGGGAAAACGAUAAAAACGACGAGUUCGUUUCCGGGCGCGGGCGGCGCUACUUCCACUUCACUCGCGCAAAUCGUCGAACACCGCCAUGGCAGCCGCCGCCGACGAGGCCAGGCUCGAAUCCUUCCUCCAAUGGCUGCAGGCCAACGGCGCCGACCUCCGCGGCUGCACGAUCCGCACGUGCGGCGGCGGCAAGGGCUUCGGCGUCUUCUCCACAGCCGCCCCCGAGCCGGGCGCCACCGACGGGGUGGUUCUGGUGGUGCCGCUCGACCUCGCCAUCACGCCCAUGCGGGUGCUGCAGGACCCGCUCGUCGGCGCGCGGUGCCGCGCGCUCUUCGAGGAGGGAGGCGUCGACGACCGCCUCCUCGUCAUGCUCUUCCUCAUGGCCGAGCGGCGGCGCCCUGGCUCGCUCUGGAAGCCGUAUUUGGAUAUGCUUCCAAGCACCUUCGGGAGCUCCCUUUGGUUCAGCGAAGAGGAGCUUGCCGAACUGGAAGGGACGACUCUGUACCGUGCUACGGUGAUCCAGAGGAACUCGAUGCAAUCCCUAUUUGAUGAGAAGGUUAAAGGUCUUGUUGAGGAGCUUUUACAUGUUGAUGAAUCCGCAAGCUCCACUGAAGUGUUGUUUGAGGACUUCCUUUGGGCAAACUCAAUCUUCUGGACUCGGGCACUGAACAUACCAUUGCCGCAUUCUUAUGUUUUUCCGGGGUCAUGUAGUGAUCAACAGACCAGAACUAAUGAUGAUGUUUGUGAUUCUAGUCUCCCUGCCCACCAGGAAACUGACAUUACAGCUAAGGAUAGUAGCUCUGAUGAGAAUUCUAAAUCAAGUAACACAGAAUCGAUUUGGGUUGAGGGCCUUAUACCAGGAAUAGAUUUCUGUAACCAUAAUGUAAAGGCACUGGCAACAUGGGAAGUUGAUUCUAUGGGAAAUGCUACUGGAGUCCCUGCUUCAAUGUACCUCAUGCUUGCUGACAAAAGUUCUGUUGAGGCUGGGGCAGAAAUCUACAUAAAUUAUGGCAACAAAGGAAAUGAGGAACUACUGUACCUCUAUGGAUUUGUGGUUGACAACAAUCCUGAUGAUUAUCUCAUGGUUCAUUAUCCUGCGGAAGCUCUUAGACAAAUCCAGUCUGCUGAUAUUAAGAUGAGGCUACUAGAGAUACAGAAGGGUGAAUUGAGAUGUCUUCUACCCAGAAGUUUGCUUGAUAAUGGAUUUUUUUGUAUUUGUUCCAGUGAAGAUAAGGAUGACAAGAAAAACAUCAGUCCUUUUUGUAAUUAUAGUUGGAGUGGUCAACGCAAAGUUCCAUCAUAUCUCCACAAAAUUGUCUUCCCUCAGGAAUUUUUGAGUACCUUACGUACGAUUGCCAUGCAAGAACAUGAGAUUGAACAGGUUGCUUCUUUACUUGGAGAGGUUGGAUCUAGUGAAGAUAGAGAACCAUCUGAUGCAGAGAUCCAAAGUGCUAUUUGGGAGGUGUGCGGGGAUCAGGGGGCACUUGGUUUGCUUGUGGAUCUUCUUAGGGUCAAAAUGGCUGAACUUGAGGAGGGCACUGGAACAGAAGCAUCUGACAGCGAAUUGCUUGAGCAGUUUAAUUCCCAUUAUUCGGAGGACUGCACGAGCGGAAGUGACGAGAACAACAAAAACAAGUCAAAAAUAAAUAGUCACUCGUGUAUAGUAUACCGAAGAGGGCAAAAGCAGCUAACAAGGUUGUUCCUGAGGGAGGCAGAGUAUCUUCUGGAGCUUUCUGCAAAAGAACAGACCUAAAAAAUUUAUCCAGUAUACAUUUUUCCUCUACUUUCCAGUAAGAUUUUCAAGGUUCUGUAUGGCUGUAGUUGUGGAAGAUAAUGUAAACAUUCCACUACAGAGGCAUGGUAGUUUGAGUCAACGUACGACUGCAAGAGUGAUAUCUUUUAUUUUCACUACAUGUUUUGCAGUGUAGGGAAAAGAGAGUUUCCUCAUUGAAAUCAGAUGAAAACGUUCACAGAUUCAUCAGAUGGCUUGCAAAUCAAACUUAAAACACUUGCAGUGAUUAAUGGUUGCAUAAACACCAUAGUAUAUUCUAA